GUAUUACUUGAUGUUGGUAAUGCCCCGCCAGUGUGCAUUUUUUUAUAAGCCGUGAUGAAGUUCAGUGGAUGACUGUGAUUGUGAUAAUCUUACAUUUGUUAGCUGAAGUGGAUACGAAAAGGAACGAGUAGGAGAUGAAUCGUCGAGCCACCCUCCAAGUGGAGAGUAUAAACAUGCCUCAACGAUCAAGUUUGUUUGAUCUGACGGCGCGGCACCCCAAAGAGAUGGGAACGAGUUAUUUGGCCUUGGGAUGCGCUCCAAGUGACCAUGAGAUUGAAGAAUACAAUGUGAAACAUACUGUGGAAUUUGAGAACACCUACCGUAUGGAACCAAAGAAGAGAUUCGUUGCAGAAAGGGUAGAACCAAUCAUGAACGAUGUUCUAGAGAAGCACUUGGAGAAAGUCAGCUACGAGCCUAUCCAAUGCAGCAUUUUAGCCAAGACCAUUGUGUCAGAGAUCAAAAUCCAAGUCAAAGAACUUGACUUUGAAAGAUACAAGAUUAUCUGCUUGGUGGACAUUGGUGAGAAGCGAGACCAGGACAUCCACAUGGGAAGCCGUUGCCUCUGGGAUCAUCAGCGGGAUACCUUCGCUUCAGCUACCUACGAGAACCAUUCCCUCUUCGCUGCAGCUAUCGUCUUUGCCAUCUAUUUUGAAUAAACUACCCAAUACAGCUGCCAAUUAGCACAGCAGCGCUACACAGGAAACUGCUAGACAGGGAGGUAAAGCCAGGUUAAUUAGGUGCAGAUACUCUGUUGAUUGGGAUAGCCAGGCAACCUCCCGCUAAUGAUGUUUUGAUUAGAUCUCCGGUGUAUUUAAGCAUUCCACUCAGUGCCUUGAUACUUGAAAGCUUCAAUAGAUGAUUAUUCAUGUUGUUUAUGAACUGAAGAAAAAGGGGUUGGCAGCAUUAGUUUGCAUAAUGUGUAUGGGACAAUGCACUCAAUUACUAUAUUUAUCUCUGCCCCCUCCCCAUUCCUCCUGUAAUUCUUUCUCUCUCCCUCUCCUACUGUAUUUCUUCCUCUCUCUUUCUCUCUACAACUCUCUUUUCAUCCUUUAUCAUUUCUCCUCUCUUUCUCUCACCUACUCUCUUUGUAUUCCAUAUCUCUUUCUUUUUCAGGUUCUGAUAUUUAUUUGUAUAUCUCCAUCUGGAAAGUUUACCAGAGUCCCUAACACAAAGGUUAGCGAUUUAUCAUACACCUGAUUUUCACGAUUGAUUGUCAAUUGUAGUCAAUGCAAUCAAUCUUAGGAAAGUGUUCUACGGCCAUUGCUAAGCCUUGUGUCAAGGACUCCUUCUUAUUAUUUUGCUCAUGAGCCAAAGGUUAUUUUAUAGCUUAUUCAAAGCUAGCAUUAAUGAUCAACUAUAACCACUAUGAACUAGUAUUAAAAUCCUUCUUACACUACAUCAUUUAAAAGUGGGUAGUACUUGAGUGCUAUCAUAGUUAAUUUCCAUUUUUACAUCAUAUUCUUCAUCUUAAAGACUGUUCUGCUAAUUAUUGUAUUCAUGGUUUUUUUUCUCCAGAUAGAGGUUUUCUUUGCUUUGUACUGAAACUUGUUUUAUUUCCUUAAUAUUUUAGUGAAUUUUAAUGUAACUAUUAUUUUUGAAAGUGUUUGGAAAUAAGUAAAAAAGUUUAUAAAUGGUACCAUUUCUUAAGUUUUAGAAUUUUACUUCAAGUCCAAGUUGAAUUUCUUGUGGACUUUAUGAUUGCAUAUCACCUUUAUUUUUAUAUUUCUAAACUAUUCUUGCCAGUCAAAUAUUCUUUUAAUUACAGGAAACGUAAUACAAAAGGUUUUUUUUUCCUUUCAAAUAUUUAGCAAUUAGAAAGAUGCAAUAGUGUGGGUAGAAUAGGAAACAUAAUACUCAAGUUUGGUUCUGUAUAACUUUAUUCUAUAAUAUAAGAUAAAGAUGCAAUAGUGUGCUAAUACUGACAUUUUUUUCUUCAUCCAGCGGGUCAUAUUCACCAAGUGUAUAUGUUUGUAUUUUUUUUCCAUUAUUUUAUAUUUUGUCAGGUGAAGUUAAUAUAUUAUUUUGUAAAGUGACAUUACAUACAUUUUUCUUUCUCACUGUUUUUUUUCUUGCAAAACUUUGGGACCAAUGGAGCCAUACACAUUCACUUGAAAUAACAAGGUUAACUUUGGAUAGCUCAUUUAGCAUUUAGCAUAAUGAAGUCAUUAAUAACGAUAUGAGUAAUUAUGACGCUAUCAGUGUCAUAGCUCAAUUUUAUGAACAGCUUUUUAUAUGAAACAGUCCCAAGUACUAAAAACGUUGUAAAUAUUUUACAUUAUGGGUCAGUAGUCAUUUUCUAUACACUCUUUAGUAGUCUGUAAAUGUUGACUUGUUGAAGUUUAUGUAUUCAUUUAAUUUCAUUUGUUUAUCAAAUUUGAAUGCCAUUUAUUCAGUAUAUUAUCCACUAGUUGCAAUAGUGUGAUUCUAUUAUUAGUAUUUGUAACCAUCAAAUAGUACUUAUGUUAUAAAUAAUUAUACUUUCAUACAACUCACAAUGCACAAUAUACAGUUGCAAUAGUGUGUGUAUUAUCUCUUUAGUUUAGAUGUAAAUGCCAUACAACUCACAAUGAAAUACAUGGUUGCAAUAGUGUGUUUUACCAUUUGUUUAGUUCAAAUUUAUGUUUCAUAUCCAAAUAGGUUAGAUUGAGAUUACAUGCUUAUUUAUCUGACUUCAGGGCCCCGUCUUACAAAGAGUUGCGAUUGAUCCAAUCAAUCGCAACUAUCGCAAAGUCAACAUAUAAAAUCCAUGUUUGUUCAAAAGAUUUUCUAGAUAUGAUGUAUAUCCAUGAAUUUAUUGAUUUCUUAACAAUAUGGUGUGUUCUCCUUUGUUUACAAAUGAUAUUUUGCAAAUUUCCUGUAGAAAAAGUUAUGGCACUGAUGGAUUUCCAUAGUUACGAUUGAUUGGAUCAAUCAUAACUCUUUGUAAGACGGGGCCCGGGGUUCACACUAUUUUCUGAGACUGACCACCAUUAGGCUUUCAUACUGUACAUUAUGUAUUUUCCAGUUAACUACAGAAAACUGCUAAUUAAAACAAAAUAAUGAAAUAAGACAAAAGUAAAACCAUUCAAAUACCAAUAAUUACUUCACAGGAGCACAAAGCACAGUACUUAAGGUCAUUUAUUGUGUCUGAGCAAGGAGACUACAUAGGGAUUAUAUUGACUAAAUAGGAUAGUAUAGGUUUGCAACCUCAGAUAUGGAGGGAUUGAUUAACACAAACAUGAAGUAAAGUCAACCUCUCCAAUAUAAAAAUUAAAGGGGUUUUCUCAUGGAUUUUUACAUAAUACUCGCAUAGAUGUAUUGUAUAUGUUGUAAAUUUAUAUAAAUGAAAUGUACAUUUAUGAUUAAUGUACAGUAUGCAACGUUUCUGAAUUUUGUUUUGUGUUUUCACAUGUAUAUAUUGUAAAUAUAUAAAUGUUCACAUACAAGUUUAGAGCCAGGCAAGCUUUAAAGAUGAAACCCAUACGUCAUGUAACAAAUGACUGUAAGUCAACAAUAAAUAUCUAUUGUAUCUUUAA